CGCCCCGUGCGCGGGCGCCGCGGGACCGCAGUGCAGCAGCCGGAGCCGAGCGGCCGCGCAGCGGCAGACGGACCAUGCAGCCCGCAGCGCCCGGCCUGCGCUUCGCCGCCGCCCUCGGCUCGCGGGGGGCCGCGCGCAGCGUCCUGGCCGAGUGUACAUCGCUAAUCCCUGAAGCCAAAGCAGUCCUUGAUCUAGUGGAUAAAUGCCCAAAGCAUCCAAAAAAGGGAGAUUUUCCUGUUAUAGUUAUUGAGGGACUAGAUGCAACAGGCAAAACUACUGUAACCCAGUCUGUUAAAGAGUCAUUGAAUGCCGUUCUCUUACGAUCACCACCAGCUUGCAUCAGCGAAUGGAGAAAGACCUUUGAUGAUAAACCCAACCAUAUCAGGAGAGCAUUUUAUGCUUUGGGCAAUUACCUUGUAGCUUUGGAAAUAGCAAAAGCAUCCAUCAAGUCACCUGUGAUUGUAGACAGGUACUGGCACAGCACAGCUGCCUAUUCAAUUGCCACUGAAAUCAGUGGAAAAAAGCAGAAUCUUCCUCCAGAACACCAUGAGGUGUACCAGUGGCCUGAGGACCUACUCAAACCUGACCUUGUAUUCCUGUUGACUGUUAGCCCUGAGGAGAGGAUUCGGAGACUGCAAGGGCGAGGGCUGGAGAAAACAAAGGAAGAAACGGAGCUGGAAGCUAACAGUUUGUUUUGCCAAAAAGUUGAAGAGUCGUAUAAAAGGAUGGAAAACCCGGAAUGCCAAGAAGUUGAUGCCAGCCCAUCCAGAGAAGAGGUUCUUAAGACCAUUUUACAAUUAAUUAAAAAACGCUGCAGUUCAUAAUAGCUGCUAUUAUGUAGUACUACUUACAGUGUGUUAUAUCUUCUGCUUUCCCUCUCAGGAAAUGCAUUGAACUCUAACCACUUUCCCACCCAAAUAAGCUGCUUCAGAAUUUUCAGAAGUGUCUCCUUCUUCCUCUACCAUAUCUACAUAAUGUUUUGGUGCUACCUAUUCCACUACUGCCCAAUGAACUUGGUAUACAGGGCAGAGCACAACUUGCAAUUCUCAGACAUCUGCCAUCCUAUCACAGUGACAUACUAACUGUAGGAGGGAGUGCUUGGGAAGUGCUAGUAUUUCAGACAACUUUUUCUCAUUGCUACAGAGAACCUGAAUCCGCAGUCCUUACAUACAAGAUUCAGUGGGAAUUUUUCAAGGAAAGUAGAAUCCGGAAAAGAUUCUCAAAUACUGUCCAGCAGUAAAGCAGUUAAAUAUAGGACAUGGAAACCUUGGGUGCCUAUACACAUACUGGGGGUGGGGUGUUUUAAUUAGAGUGGUUCCCAAAGAGCCAUUCUAAUUAAAUUGCUGUAGUAUCAUGUGUAUUAAGCCCCCAUGCAUUUAAAAAUGGCCAUGGGAUGCUUUAACUAAAGCUCAUUAAACAAGCUUCAGUUAAAUCUCCCCAGUGGCCAUUUUAAAACCUGUGGGGGCUUACACACACAAUACUGUAGGGAUGCUAGAGCAUUCUAAUUAGAAUACAGUGGAGCACGUGUAUAGGCACCCCAUGAUUCGAGUACUGGAAACUAAAACUUGUAUCCUGAUAGUGUGAUGAUGGUGAUGUAAAAGCAUGUAGCCAAUAAGGUGUGAUUUUAAAAAUACUGAAUACCAGCGAUUCCAGCUCAAUUCAAAGGACAUUUAAGGCCCUUAAAUGCAAACAUGUGAAAACAGAAAUUAAAGAUGUGAAUUACAAAUCAAACAGUUUCAAAGAAAAGCAGAGGGAGGGAGAGCACUUUCCAUGCUGGCACAUUAAAAACCUGGAGCUGAGAAGAUAAACAUUUUGUAAAUAAUAAAUUGAUUAUUUUUCUACAGAUAUUUUUUUCAAUCCUAAUUUUAAUCUGCUAAUAUGCCUAUUAAUGUGAUUUGCUGUUCUUUAAAGUGAGUUCGUAUUAAGUAAAAAGAUGUGGAAAAUCCCAUUCAACACAAAUUCUUCCAGCAUUUAUUCUUUCAGCACUUUAUCUUUGUUGAGGUUUCUGUUCAUAUACGUAAUACAGAGGCAACAGCCACCAUGGCCUAUGCCCUCAACAGACUUGUGCAGAAAUUUAACUUGACAUACUUAAAUAUCCUUAUCAGUUUCAUUGUGUUUACUCAGAAAGUGUAAAACUAAGUAUGUAUGUAAAUCUUUGCCAAAUCAGAGCCUAACUAGAAUUCAAAAUGGAAAUGUACAUUAAAUUCUAUUUUAUUUCAAAUGUCA